GUUGUAACCGUGCUCGCGAGCGACGGCCAACUUCGCCCCGUCCCUGGUUGCGGCCCUGAGCCGCCCGGGUGUCGGCGCGACCGUUUCUCGCAAGGUUUUCUGCAAAAAUAUUCGAUUGGGCGCCAGGUACGUUAAGCGUACCAUUCUUCUCUUAAUCUACGGGGGAUUGCUCUUAAAUUGACUAAGUCACGAAAAGAAUAAGCCUCGUAAGCGACCGGGGCGUUAGCGGCUCCGAUAGCCAGCUACUCAGCCCUAAAAUGGCAGAGGGGGAGGUUCGGUGCGGGCGGAUGGAAUCAGGAAGGCGAGAGAACUAUUACGACAACGUAAAUUUAACAAUAAGAUUAACAAAUAUAUUUAACAGUGGACGAUACAAGAUUAUACAGCUCUGUUGAGCGGCGAUUGUGGUUAGCGCGCGUUACAUGCAGACGACCGCUUGGAAUUAAAUGUUGCGAAUGCAGGAUAAUUAACGAACGGGUUAUUCUGCGUACGCGGGAAUUCUCCGACUUGCCUAUGCUCUAUCCAGCGUCGUUGGGGGAACGCCAAACUCCCGAUAGGAUAGCGGCUUCGCCAAGGACGAACGGGACAAACAGUAACUCCGAGCCCGCGCGGCACGCGACAGACUCGUGCUCUUCUGCACGUUAGAGAAUCUCGCGAGCAAUAUGCGCGAUAAUUAUUAUUCGUUCGCCAACGAGGCGGUACAGGACAAUUAUAUAAAAUUUUACAAGAGCGCAAUUGCAAAAGGACUCGCGAUAUAAAUGCGACAAAGUAAAUUGGAUUUUACUACGUUAUAAAUGCGCGACAAUUCACAGUGCGGUGUACGACAAUAAAUCGCGAUACGAUUACAAGACGAAGAUACAAUUGACUCGGUUGCGGAUUGGGACGCACACGCAACGAAAUUAUAAUACGACACGAACAGCAUGCGGCGAAUUCACGCGGGCGAGAGCGAUCGGGCGAGGUAGCGAGGCUCCAAUAAUUUCGCGCUCUUAUUUACUCAAACGCCGGAAAAUACAGCAAUAAUUUCGCGAAUUUUACGCGACUCGCCCAAUCGCGAAAUCGGUGGCUUUACAAAGCUAUCGUGACGCUCGUCUCACCAAAUCGCCUACUCCUCGUCUGCCUCGUCCGGAUCGGGGUUGCGUCCGGUUCCUGCGUCCUCUCUUACAAGAUAUCUCGGCUCGGGAUCUGGAUUGCACGCACUAUUCAAUAUAACGUCUGCAGCACGAGUGAAGAAUCCUGGAUCCCGCGGGGGCCGCGUACGGUAGUGCCUCGCGCCAAGUGUACGCGCGCGAGGCACUAUCGUGCCUUUAUUUAUAUGAGACGCCGUUUGCGAGAUUUCGUAGAUUAUCGGAUCUCAAUAACGGCUGAAUCGAUUGAUUUCUAAAUAAGAGUAGAGGUAAUAGGCGGGUUCUGAGCCAGACAAUGGGGAUGACGUCACUAGGGGGAAGGAGAGGGGGAAGGGUAUGUUUUCGAAGAUCCUUUGGAUCCGCCGCCUCGCAGGUGUCAGAUAAGGGAAGGAGUUUCAUAAUAUCUUAUAUAUAUAUAUUUAUUUAUUUUGUAAAUUUAAUCUUUUUUUAUUACUGUGAAUAUUGAUAUUUCCGGUUCCCAAAAACAUUUAAUACGUAGUCAUUUUAUUCGAAGAUAUGUAAGUACACUGCCGAACAAUGAUUCGACCCAUUCCCUAGCGAGUUUAUCUAGGACUUGUUCUAUAUAAAUUUUGCUAGGAUGGAAUGGGUUGAAUCAUUGUCCGGCAGUGUACACAGAUUUUCUUCGACUCGAAACUUUAUCGUCACAUCGAUAUUAAAUUUUAUUGCAUUCGGAUACUUUUGCCGACGUGCUCGACGGAAAAAGCCUACAGUUGCGUUUGAUAUUACCCCAAAAUAAAAAUUUUUCGAUACAAUUGAACACGUUUUCAUAUGUCGAAGCCCAUAGGCUUAUUAGUUGUAAACAAGUAUCAUGGAUAUAUAUAUAUGGCGAGACUCUUAGAGUAACUCUUAGACCAAAAAGAUCAAGCGUUCGAGAUCGCAGCUCAGUCGUCGAAGUUUUUCUGAAAGUGAAAUUUAAUUAUUAAAAUAUAUUGCAAGAUGCGUACUGUACAGAUUAUAUAUCCAGUAGAAGGUGUAAGUAUAAGUGACAGUGCAAGUUUUAUGUGCGGUAAAGUGUAUAGAUUUAAUAAUAAUUUUUAAAAUUUUACAGUUUGUAUACGUAGACGAGACACCAAUUACAGGUGUCACAUUUGCCAAUAGUAUUACGGUACCACUACUUCCACAACAAAAUCAAAUGUAUAUACCAUUGAGUAAUUUAAUUUCGGUGCGCGGUUCCGUAGGACCACAGCCGUGGUUUCCCUACGCUGAUAUACACAUCCCCGGCUUUAUCAAUAUCGAAAAGAAAAUCUGGACGCAAUACUUUAGGAAGAUCAAUCAGGACCAUAAUGAUGAUCUAAUAAACCAUUCUUAUGGAGAAUUUGGCAUGGCCGACGUAUUUGAUUUGCGCAAAUUGUUUAAUAUGGAGCCGCUGGUUGACGAGGAUUUGGAAGAUUGGAGUCGCGAUGAAAUUGCACCGAUUAAUGAGUCUGGAGCCUCUAAUCAGCGAUUUAGAAAUUUAAGAAUAGUUUUUUUAAACAACAUACAUUUAUAUUUUUAUAUUUAUACUUUUGCAUUAACUAUUUUUUUUAUUUUAUAUGUAAUAAUUAAUUAAGAAUAUAUGUUAUUUAAAAAAUAAAAAAUAAAAAUAAAAAUUUAGUCAGUCUCUCUUACAUUUGUCUACUCAUCACCAUACUAUCCUUUCACUUUUUAUCUCGUAUUAUUAUUAUUAUUAUUAUUAUUAUUAUUAUUAUUAUUAUUAUUAUUAUCAUUAUAUAUAUAUAUAUCAUAGUUGACAUGUUUGCUGAAAAACUUAAGAAUACGUUUAAUAUUCACUCUCCAAAAAUUUCUUUAUUACGAUUGAGCAUAUGUCGAAGCUCAAGCGGUCCACAGACUUCAAAGAUCACGUGACUAUUUACAAAUAGUAUGGGUAUAUAUGACGAUACCCUUAAAGCAUCCCUUUAGAGCUACGGAUCAUAGGUUCGAGUUAUAGUCGGUUUGUCAAAACGUGAAACCUACACAAAUUUUCAACGCGGGUUAAACGAAUCUGCGUUUUUUUUACAUAUAAUGGAAAAUUUCGAACAAGUAGAACGCGAACUCUUAGAACAAGUAAAUGGAGUUGCUACAUUGAGCGAAUUUUUUACAUGGCUACAACAAUGUGAGGAAUGCAUCGAACAGCUCGGGGAACGCAAUCGUGCCAAGCGUCUUCGACUAGCUGUUGGACAGAGACAAUCUUUGGUAGCGAGAAUCGCGCGACUCGAGGGUGAAAAAACGCGACUGCAAAGACGUUUUAUACACGUAGGUGGUAAUUACGCGAGCACUAGUGACAAUAGCGAUAACGCGAGACUUGAGUGGCGUGAAAUAGAUACUGCGUUCAAGAGCCGUAUCUUAACCGGUGUAAUAAUUAAUGUGCAUCACAUCGAACCACGUCAAUUUUUAGAAGAAGCUAAAAACAUUGUGCUCGAGCGAGUGCAGGAGGCAAUAAACGUACACGAUAGUGUAAAAGUAAAUACUGCAUUCAAUGGCGAAUUCGUAGCGGGGGAUAAACGUGCCAAUAAGAGUGUGAAUACAAAAAAUUAUGCAUUCUUCCAAGUAUCAGAUUUAAACGAAUGGUACCAGCGAUAUGUUAUCGAGGCCACGUUAGCAAAACUCGAAGAAUUCCAAGAGCGUGACAGCGGGUGGGCGUUGUCGCGUAUAUUAAAUUUAACUGUAAAUAUAAAUAAAUACAAUCCGAUGCGUGCGGGAUGUCAGAUUACAUUACCGAAGCAUAUUAUGUUAAAAAAAGCGGUGAUUAACGUGCAAUCAGAAGACAAUGCGUGCUUCGCAUGGUCGGUGGUUGCUGCUUUGCAUCCUACACAAGAUCAUCCUGCUCGGAAAUCAUCGUAUCCGCAUUACAGUGCGAUUCUGAAUUUCGGAGACAUAGAGUUUCCAGUCGCGCUGAAGGAUAUUAGAAAAUUUGAACGACUUAACAAUAAUAUUUCAAUCAAUGUAUAUGGCAUCGAAGAGGAUAGAUUUGUCCCCCUGCGACUCUCCGACGAAAAGAAGGAGAAGCAUGUAAAUUUGUUAUACAUGCAAGAUAACGAAGGCAACGUGGGACACUUCAUGCUGAUAAAAAAUUUAUCCCGACUUAUAAGCUCGCAAUUGAGCAAGAAUAAAUGUAGAAAAUACAUUUGUGAUCGGUAAGUAAUAAUUCAUUUAUAAAAACGUGUUUAUAAUUUUAUUAAAUAGUAAAAAUAAAAUUUCUUUGUUAUUCGCAGGUGCUUGCACUACUUCGAUUCCGAAGAAAAAUUACAAUUGCAUGCUGUAGACUGCCAUCGGAUGAAUGACUGUGCCAUACUAUUGCCGAGUGAACAGAAAAAGUGGUUAAAGUUCCACAACCACAAGAACAAAGAACGGCUUCCCUUCGUCGUGUACGCUGAUUUGGAGUGCAUACUGCAAAAGACGCAACCUGACACGGAGCGAGAGUCGUAUACAUACCAGCAUCACCAGGUAUUCAGCAUUGGAUAUUACGUGCGAUGUUCAUACGACGACGCGUUAUCCGUGUAUCGGUUUCAUCGUGAUCCCGAUUGCAUAUCAUGGUUCGCAAAACAAUUAGAAGAAUUGGCGCAUAACGUUAAGGCUCGUUUAUCCGCUAAUGUUCCCAUGAACACGUUGUCGAAGGAACAGUGGCAGACGUACCGUAGCGCGACGCAUUGUCACAUCUGUGAUAAACCGUUUACGCCAGAUGAUACGCGGGUGCGCGAUCAUUGUCAUAUAACCGGUAGAUAUCGUGGUCCCGCGCAUUCAAAUUGUAAUCUAAAUUAUAAAAAUUCAUUUUAUAUUCCAAUAGUUUUUCACAAUUUAUCCGGUUACGAUUCACAUUUUAUAAUAAAGGAAAUAGCAAGUGCGUUCGAAGGCUGCGUUAAUCUGCUACCAA